GCCCGAGGCCUCGACUCGUUCUCGUUCCCACUCUUAGGGCUGACUAAGAAGAGAACCAAAGUCCAGAAGAAGUCACUGCUUCUUAAGAAACCCCUUCGGGUUGACCUCGUCCUUGAGAACACAUCCAAAGUCCCCGCCCCCAAAGACGUCCUUGCCCACCAGGUUCCUAACGCCAAGAAGCUCAGGCGGAAGGAGCAGCUAUGGGAGAAGCUGGCCAAGCAGGGCGAGAUGCCCCGGGAGGUGCGCAGGGCCCAGGCCCAGCUCCUCAACCCUCCCGCAGCCAGGACCAAGCCUGGGCCCCAGGACACCGUGGAGCGGCCUUUCUACGACCUCUGGGCCUCAGACAACCCCCUGGACAGGCCGUUGAUUGGCCAGGAUGAGUUUUUCCUGGAGCAGACCAAGAAGAAAGGAGUGAAGCGGCCACCACACCUGCACACCAAGCCGUCCCAGGCACCCGCCGUGGAGGUGGCGCCUGCCGGAGCUUCCUACAACCCAUCGUUUGAAGACCACCAGACCCUGCUCUCAGCCGCCCACGAGGUGGAGUUGCAGCGGCAGAAGGAGGCGGAGAAGCUGGAGCGGCAGCUGGCCCUGCCCGCCAUGGAGCAGGCCGCCACCCAGGAGUCCACGUUCCAGGAGCUAUGCGAGGGGCUGCUGGAGGAGUCGGAUGGUGAGGGGGAGCCAGGCCAGGGCGAGGGGCCGGAGGCAGGGGAUGCCGAGGUCUGUCCCACGCCCGCCCGCCUGGCCGCCACAGAGAAGAAGACGGAGCAGCAGCGGCGGCGGGAGAAGGCUGCGCGCAGGCUGCGGGUACAGCAGGCCGCGUUGCGGGCCGCCCGGCUCCAGCACCAGGAGCUGUUCCGGCUGCGUGGGAUCAAGGCCCAGGUGGCCCUGAGGCUGGCGGAGCUGGCGCGGCGGCGGAGGCAGCGGCAGGCGCGGCGGGAGGCUGAGGCUGACAAGCCCCGAAGGCUGGGGCGGCUCAAGUACCAGGCACCCGACAUUGAUGUGCAGCUGAGCUCGGAGCUGACAGACUCGCUCAGGACCCUGAAGCCCGAGGGCAACAUCCUUCGAGACCGGUUCAAGAGCUUCCAGAGGAGGAAUAUGAUCGAGCCUCGAGAGAGAGCCAAGUUCAAACGCAAGUACAAGGUGAAGCUGGUGGAGAAGCGGGCGUUCCGUGAGAUCCAGUUGUAGCUGCCAUUGGAUGCUGGAGCCCCGCCCUUCAAUAAAAGUUCCUUUUAGCCAAUCA